AUGAAAUUAAGCAACACUCCUCAACCUAAAAUAUCAAGACUUGAUGACUCAACAUCUACAGAUAUUCAUAAUAUGUGUUAUAGUAGAGUCAACAUACUUACUAAUGAAGUAGAAAAACUUACUGAUGUACUUGGAACAGCCUCAUAAGAAAUGGAAGUUCUCAAGGAACAUAAUAGAGAUUUAUAAAAUUAAUUAUAAGAAAUGGAGUAAUCUAAUUAAAUUGUAAGUUUAUAUAAUAUAUUUAGUUAAAUUAAGAAUAUGAUAAUUUAUGUGAUAGAUUAAAGUAGAAAAGUAUUGAGUCUGAAGAAUAUGCAUUUUAAGUUUAAAAAUUAACUCUUCAGAAAUAAGUAUAUUUUUUAAUAAUAUCAAAGGAACUUAGUCAAAAUCUCAAUAAAGUCUUAAAUGAAUUAGAAUAGACUAAUUAAAUUAUUGAAAUAAAAGAUUAAGAAAUUUAAGCAGGCAAACAAUAAUUUAUAACAAAAACAGAAGAAUUAUAAUAAAGUUUAUAAUAAACCUAUCAUUUGGAUUAAGCUUUAAGAGUAGUUAAGGAAGAGAAAUUAAAAUAUAUUUAUGAGUAUUAAUAACUCUAAAAAGUUCUUAAAGAAUAAGCAGAUUAAAUAAAUGAAUUAUUAGAAAUUAAAAAUGCUUAUGAAUUAUUAAAAAUAGACUUAGAUGUUCUUAGAGUCAAUUAUUCAAAUUUAUUGAAUUAAAAAUUAUAAGAAAAAUAAGAGUUAGAAGCUUAAAUUGAUGUAUUACGUGACAUGCAUGGUUAUACUGUAGAAGAUGCUGAGAUGAAAUUUGCUGUAAAAUUUAUAUAAUAUUAUUAGAAUUAAAUCAAAUAAGAAAUUGAUAAUUAUAAAUAAUUAUAUGAUGAAUAAUAUAAGGCUGAAAGAAUGAAUUAUGAAUCAAUUAUUGAUUAAUUGAAAAAUUAAGUGAAUACUUUAUAAUUGUAAUUAUAAAAUGCAGAAUUAUUGAUAAAUACUCAUAAAUAAAAUUUAAUGAACCAAACGUAAUUAACCAUGUUUGAAAAAAAUAAUUAAGUGAGUGAGUUGAGAGCCUAGAAUUUUGUACUUUAAGAAUCAUUAAGAACAAUGAAUAGAGAAUUGAAUGAAUUGAAAUAAUAAAUGGAAAGUGGUAACAUUAUAAGAUUUGAUGAUGAUGUUAGAAAAUAGAUAGAAUAUAAAUUAGAUUUAUGUUAAUAGAUGUAAAAGGAAAGGGAUGAAUUAAAAAAAGAAAAUGAAUAAUUAAAAAGAGAGAAUAGAUUAUUAAAAGAAAAUAAUGAAUUGAUGUCUCAAUAAAUGCAACAAUAAUCAAAUAUUAGUUAAUUACCUUAAUCGAUAAUGAUUAGUUAAGUUUAACCUUAAGGUAAUUAAAUUUUAUUAUAAAUUAAGGUAUUCCUUCAAAUUAAAAGAUAACUGAUAAUGAGAAAAUUAAAUAUUUACUAAAAGCCGUUGACCAAUUAUAAAAUGCAAUAAAAGAUAGAGAUUUAGAAAUUAAUAAAUUAUCACACCUUGCUAGUACUAAUGCAGGUCUGUCUUAAUUAGUGAAUAAACCUAGGUCAUAAAUAAGAUUUUAUCAUUUAAACACAGACGAUAUGACUUCAUUUGAUAAAUAAUAAUGA